AUGGCGAGAGAGAAGAUUAAGAUCAGGAAGAUCGACAACGCGACGGCGAGACAAGUGACGUUUUCGAAACGAAGAAGAGGACUUUUCAAGAAAGCUGAAGAACUCUCCGUUCUCUGCGAUGCCGAUGUUGCUCUCAUCAUCUUCUCUUCCACCGGAAAACUCUUUGAGUUUUGCAGCUCCAGCAUGAGGGAAGUAUUAGAGAGGCAUAACUUGCAGUCAAAGAACUUGGAGAAGCUUGAUCAACCAUCUCUUGAUCUACAGCUCGUAGAGAACAGUGAUCACGCUCGGUUGAGCAGAGAAAUUGCGGACAAGAGCCACCGACUAAGGCAAAUGAGAGGAGAGGAGCUUCAAGGGCUUAACAUUGAAGAUCUGCAAAAACUAGAGAAGGCUCUCGAAACUGGUUUGACACGUGUGAUUGAAACUAAGAGUGAGAAGAUUCUGAAGGAGAUCAGUGAACUUCAGAAAAAGGGAAUGCAAUUGAUGGACGAGAACAAGCGGCUGAGGCAGCAAGGAUCGCAACUAACGGAAGAGAACGAGCGACUUGGCAUGCAAAUGUAUAAUAAUGUUCAUGAGAAAUACGGUGUUGAAUCGGAGAACGUCGCCGUGUGCGAGGAUGGACACUCGUCGGAGUCCAUUACUAAUGUCGGAAACUCCGCCGGAGCCCCUGUUGAAUCCGAGAGCUCCGAUACUUCUCUUAGGCUCGGCUUACCGUAUGGUGGUUAG